GCCAGUUGCCUAGUGACUAAAAGCUCCUUUUCCUGUCUCUCCGAAGAAAACCCCCGGACUAAGAUAGCGUCGAACUUUUAACGAACACAUUUCAAAUGUUUUUUAUUAUCGGCUUUCCAGCUAACGCCUAGUAAACACGUCUCCUCCCAUUAUGAAUGCUGUGUAACGCCCGUGUAGCCCAGCUCUGUUAUGAAGACUGUUGAAGAAAGAUGGAUAACUAUGUUUUCAUCAGGGUGGUUGGGAAAGGGAGCUACGGAGAGGUGAACUUGGUGAAACACAAGGCAGACAAAAAACAGUAUGUCAUCAAGAAGCUCAAUUUAACCACCUCGUCAAAGCGGGAACGGCGGGCCGCAGAGCAGGAGGCGCAGCUUCUGUCCCAGCUGCGACAUCCCAACAUCGUCACGUACAGGGAGUCCUGGGAAGGCGCUGACCUCCAGCUUUACAUUGUCAUGGGCUUCUGCGAAGGAGGCGACCUCUAUCACAGGCUCAAGCAGCAAAAGGGUGAGCUCCUACCUGAGAGGCAGGUGGUAGAGUGGUUCGUCCAGAUUGCCAUGGCGCUGGAGUACCUGCAUAAAAGGAACAUUCUUCAUCGGGACCUUAAAACGCAGAAUAUCUUCUUGACAAAGACCAACAUUAUCAAAGUCGGGGACCUUGGCAUUGCACGAGUAUUGGAAAACCAGAAUGAUAUGGCCAGCACGCUCAUUGGGACCCCUUACUACAUGAGUCCAGAGCUCUUCUCUAAUAAACCUUAUAACCACAAGUCCGAUGUAUGGGCUUUGGGUUGCUGUGUGUAUGAAAUGUCCACGCUUAAACACGCCUUCAAUGCCAAGGAUAUGAACUCGCUGGUCUAUCGCAUUGUAGGAGGAAAGCUGCCACAGAUGCCAAUUAAAUAUGACCCCCAGCUGGGAGAGAUGAUCAAGAGCAUGUUGUGCAAGAAGCCCGAGGACAGGCCCGAUGUCAAUUUCAUUCUGCGGCAGCCGUACAUCAAACGGCAAAUUGCCAUUUUCCUGGAAGCCACCAAAGUAAAAACUGCCAAGUCGAGAAAAAAAGUUGUUGGUGGCAGCAAUGAAAUAAGAAACAACAAUGCAGCCAAUGUGGCGCCACCUCAGCCAAGGCCUCCAAGUCCUCGGCAAGAAGCUCCUCCCAGGUUGAAACAGAAAGCGAAAUUACAGCACCCCAAAAAUCUGCAUGGUCCCACAGACGGCAACUCAGUUCAGGUGCCUCCGCCUCCUAAACCCCCCUCGCCUGACGUUCUCAAAAGUAGCGUCACAUUGUUGGCGACUGUCAGCAAUGUCCAAAUUGACAUUCCUCCACAAGAAGACGCCGAUUUUAUGAAGAGGCAGGUGGAACCACCCCAUGCUGAGAAAAAAGAUGCCUCCCUACCUCCUACGCACAAUAAGCCCCCACUGAAGUGUGUAUUAGACAGAAGGCCAGGAGAUGAGAGAAAAGUGCCCAAUGGAUUUGCACACCUUCAUCCACUGAAAGAAACGUUUUGUGUCUCUGAGAACAAGGCGGCAGAUAUUGAUUUAAAUGACGACACCAUGGAGCUCCUUAGAGAGGCUAACAUGCCGAAUCCAAAAUUGGAGGAGGAGCAAGAAGCAGCUUUGGAAAACAGAUCUGCACGCAUUAUCAGUAAGGGAAACGUUGAGGGGAAUAAAAAUGGGUCAGGGACGAGAUCUCCAACUCAACAUGAAAACAUACAAGAAAAUCUGGAGUCGACAGAAAAGCUGCUGGAGGCCUUACCUCCAACUGUGGAACCUAUCGAAGAAGAGUGUCCCUCACUAAUCAACACACCAGGUCUAAAUGCUCCAUUUGUGACCACACUGCAACCUGUCGGCAUACAUCAGCACAGUGGGAGGAGCAAAGGCCGGACCAACGGCUUUCAGGAAAUGCCUGAAGCAGCAGCUCCCAGGCCUCUACCUCUACCUCCUGCUUCUGAAGCGGCAGCAACGGAGGUGAGGAAGAGAAACAAGGACACUGAGAGCAAGAAAGCUAAUGCGACGGUGAUCCCGAAGGCUGUUUAUUCUUCUGGGGACGGGCCAUUCCUUAUGCCACAGGAGCGUCCUCUAUCUGCCAGAGAAAGAAGACGACUGAGGCAGUCCCAAGACACUACCUGCCAAUCAGGUGCCGCAAGAGCAUCUUAUGAUGUCACCACUUCCAAGGCUCAACGGUACAACUCUUCUGUAACCAGCUCUGUUUCAGAUGUCACCACUGAGACCACUAAGCAAGAAAAAAUGCUGGAGCAAAGGUUGGACAAAGAAGAGUGCUGCUCGUCCACAAGCUCCACAGAGCAUUCAGAGGGAGAUGGCAGAGAAAGAAAAGCUGAAUCCAAAGACAUGCAAGAUUUAGUCCACAUGAUGAUCCAAACUUUGAGGAUGGUCAGUGAAGAGAGAGAAUUAGGCUCCACGGCGUUACCGGAGUUCAAACUCAACAGGAAGUACAGAGACACCCUGGUGCUUCACGGGAAAGCUCGGCAGGAAGCAGAGAACCUGUCACUCGGUGAAAUUCCACUAGGCUCCUCAUCAGGUCCAGCCAAGAUCAGGAGGGCCAUCGAGCUCCUGAGAACAGAUGUGGUGAAGGGCCUGGGAGUCAAGCUGUUGGAUAAAGUCCUGGAAAUCAUGGAGGAGGAGGAUGACAUUAAACGAGAAGUAUGCUUUAAAAGUGUGUCUUCGUCAACAGAUGGGCGAUGAAAAGUAUCAAAAUUAUGCUGUAAUGGUGAGACAACUGAAAUUCUUUGAGGAGAUAGCCUUCAAGGUUUAGGGGGGAAAAUAUGGUUUUUUUAUGGACACUUUCCCCAAAGAGGCAGGUGCCAUGACACUUCUGUUGCCACUUUGGUACUCCUGCUUUCAUAAACAUUUAUGCUUGUUGGUAUUGAUGCCAUACACUUGAAUAUGAAUUACUGUACACUAUUGCUUUCAUCGGGGUGUCCAAAGUGCAAGGUUCUUUUUUUAAUUGGUUCUCAAUAUAUUGUAAAAAAUGUAAUUCAUUAUAGAGGUAUACAAUUAGAUAUUACACUAAUUUGCUGUGUCAUCUAUAAUUCGGUUUCAACGUUUUUGUUCAGAAAGCUUAAAUACAUCGCAUUCCUUAGUGGAACAAGUUUGGACACCCUUGGUUCGUACCUUUAGUUGUAGUUUAUUAUAACGCCUAUGCAAACAUUUUCAAUCACAUUGAAAUUAAUCAAUGUUUUUUUACUUGCUCUAGUAGAGUACUUAGUUGUUAAUUUAUCUUGUGAGCCAAAAUAUUACUGUAUGUUGUAGCUGUUUUGUAGCUUUUGCAGAUACGUUAUUUUCAUGUCUGAUUCACGUAAUAUGGAUUUUAACACGGAAAUUAUUUCUGAUUAACCCUUCCAUUAAAAAACACAAUUUUGACCAUUAUUUAUAAUGCUGUGGUUCUUGUAUCAGGAAAGUUCUCCCCUACAUGGUGUACAGUCACACACCAAAUCAAGUCAGAUUUUGACAUUUUAUUGGACACACAUC